GCCUCCUCUUUUCACUGAGCUUCUUAAAAUGAAGCUAGCGAACUGGGGGCACCUGCGGAGGAAAAGGAGACGAGUCUGAAAUGUAGAGCUGGCAUCUACUUUGACACGAUUAAAGGACGUUUUAUACAUCCAUAUAGACGUAGAGAGCGCCUUCAUGAAGAGCCCCGAGUUUCUACCACCGGCAUGUCGGAGGGAGCAGUCGCAGCCUGGUGCUUGUCGUACACAGCCCGUCCAUUUAUUCCAGUCUGAAGCAGGAGUUCAGACAGAAGACUUCCAAGUAGACAGAUAGACAAAUUAACUUUAAUCCAGUAUUUUUUACGCUUCGGUUCGGUUUUUCUUUUCCGAGCGUGAUUAGUAUUUUUUCUUCUUUGUGGAGUAAAGAUUGUCACGCUACAACAAUGUAUAAUACAGUGUGGACAGCGGAAAAAGCCGACGAGGGGGGAGACUGGAGGGACGUGAUGAUGCCCUACUCCACAGAGCUGAUAUUUUAUCUGGAAAUGGACCAACCGCCAGACAGACGGCUUAACUGGAAAAAGAAUAUUCAGAGCCCUGACAGGUCGGAGGUGACCUGUUGAUGCUUCACUGCUGCUGUGUGCCGUCCCAGAAGGAAAAGAUGGAUCACGGGCUCUUCCUCCGAAGCCGUUGAAGCCCCAGCAGCCCUCCUCAGUUGGGGUGGGAGGAGGCGGCAGCAACAUCGGAGCCAAGGAGGGAGGAGCAGGAGGCUCCCUGCAGGAGGCUGAGUGGUACUGGGGAGACAUAUCCAGGGAGGAGGUGAACGAUAAGCUCAGAGACAUGCCUGAUGGGACCUUCCUGGUUCGGGAUGCUUCCACCAAGAUGCAGGGCGACUACACGCUCACACUGAGGAAAGGGGGAAACAACAAGCUGAUAAAGAUCUACCAUCGCGACGGGAAGUACGGCUUCUCGGACCCCCUGACAUUCAGCUCGGUGGUGGAGCUCAUCAGCCACUACAGACACGAGUCUCUGGCUCAGUACAACACCAAGCUGGACGUCAAACUCAUGUACCCCAUCUCCCGCUUCCAGCAGGACCAGCUGGUAAAGGAGGAUAAUAUUGAUGCCGUGGGGAAGAAGCUGCAGGAAUACCACAGUCAGUACCAGGAGAAGAGCAAAGAGUAUGACAGGCUGUAUGAGGAAUACACCAAGACUUCGCAGGAGAUCCAGAUGAAGCGGACGGCCAUCGAAGCCUUCAACGAGACCAUCAAGAUCUUUGAGGAGCAGUGCCACACGCAGGAGCGCUACAGCAAGGAUUACGUCGAGCGCUUCCGCCACGAGGGCAAUGACAAGGAGAUAGAGCGGAUCAUGAUGAACUACGAGAAGCUUAAGUCUCGGCUUGGAGAGAUUCACGACAGCAAGAUGCGUCUAGAGCAGGACCUGAAGACACAAGCCAUGGACAACCGUGAGACGGACAAAAAGAUGAACAGCCUGAAGCCCGAUCUCAUACAGCUCCGCAAGAUCAGGGACCAGUAUCUGGUCUGGCUCAAUCACAAAGGAGUUCGUCAGAAACGAAUUAACGACUGGCUGGGAAUCAAGAACGAGAAUACUGACGAAGGCUACUUUGUGAGUGAGGAGGAUGAGAACCUGCCUCAUUAUGAUGAGAAGAGCUGGUUUGUCGGGGACCUGAACAGGACGCAGGCGGAGGAGCUGCUCCUCGGCAAGCCAGACGGAGCGUUUCUGAUCCGAGAGAGCAGCAAGAAGGGUUGCUACGCCUGCUCUGUAGUUGUGGAAGGUGAGGUGAAGCACUGCGUCAUCUACAGCACACCACGCGGCUUCGGCUUCGCUGAGCCCUACAACCUGUACAGCAGCCUGAAGGACCUGGUGCUCCACUACCACCAGGCCUCCCUGGUGCAGCACAACGACUCGCUCAACGUGCGCCUCGCAUACCCCGUUUACGCACAGAUGCCCUCCGGACGCAGAUGAACCCCGCCUGCCCGGUCGCACCCUGCACAGGCAACAACCCAACCCCCUCUUGGGGGAGGGAGGGGGAUUGGUUGACAUACGAAGCAACACCAGACCCCAUAAAGAUAGAAACACUUGCUGCAACACACACGUCAGCCACCUUGGAGUUUUAUAUUUUUACAAGAACACUUUCGGAGGGCAUUCUUUCUUAAGACUGCUUGAUUUGCACAAGGAAGUUUUAAGUGUUUGUGAAUGUGAAAAAAACGUGACUGAAGGAAGGAAGGAAGGAAAUGAAGUUGGAGAUGUCAGAGUUCCAGGUUGACCCCGCUGCUACCUAAAGUCCAGCUCAGACUUUUUACCAGAAACUCGCCAACAACACGAACGACGACCACAACAAAGCAUUCCCAUCUUCAGUCAUUUGUUGCUUUACUUACUUUGAUUUCCCACCUGCCUUUCUGUUCGUUUGUGGAGUCGUGUAAUGUUUGUUUACUCUGUGGGAAUUGAAAGGGGAGUUGAUGUCUGUUUGUAUGAAAAGCAGAAUUAAUGUAGCAUAACAAGACGACGGACGCUCAUUUUAUCGAGUGCUCCGCAGUGUAGACGGCACAGCUGCUGAAGGGUUUGGGGGAGGGAGGGGUGCCGACGGGUGACACUAAACAGCUUGGUAGUCUUGAAAGAAGGACUAAAGGCUCACUACAGUUCUAACUAUACAUGUUUUCUCUUUUGCUUUGUUGGAAGUUUUUCAGGUUAUUUUUGGCCAACAUGUCAGUGUCACAGAUCAGAACCAGAGACCAAAGUUGAUGUGGAGGAGCACAGAGUUCGUUAUUUUCAAAUAAAUAAGCAAAGCAAAUAAGCAAAUAAAUGGUGUGUUUGAGACCACACAUAAAACUGAGAUUUGGGCUUCGUGCACCAAAUGUACGUACGUGACGAGAAACGCCAGACUUCCUGUGAACACAGAAGGUCGAGUAAAAAGCACUUAAAUCUGUGACCUCAGCACUCAGACACUAAAGGUGAUCAUGAUCACUGACUCAUUGAGAAAAAACUUGUUGGAUGUAAGUUAAAACAUUAAAACAACUUUACUUUUUACUUCAUUUCUUUAUCUGCAGAGUUUGAGGCGAAGCCGAGGUCUGCAUCCAUUAUUUACACAGAAACUUGUAGAGAUUCUGGAUCAUAAACACCUGCAUGGCUAGCAUCACAUGACCCGAGUGCUGAGGUCACAAACGUCACUACACGUCACUACACCAGAUGAGACAACGUUAAAAACAGUCAUCAUCUAUUGGAGGGAAAGCGGUGACCCUGGAACCUGAAACCAAGUUUAUGUGUGGUUAGAGAGAGUGAGAGGAACAUGACUUUGUGCUACCGACUGCAUGUUAGAACAGAAACAGUAAGCUUUGAUAACAUGUUUUCUGUGGAACCCGGGGGUGAUGUCCUCAUCUGAAGACGCAGGCUUUAGAAGAAAAUACUGAAAACUUGAAACAACGUGCAAUCUAACGUCGUGUAGUCGAGCAGUCAAGUGGCGAGCGUGCGAUGCACUACAGUCUGAGAGAUAAUCAAAGUGCACAGUGAAGCUUCACUUUUGUUUGUCUGUCUUUUUCUUUUGUUAAAGCCCAGAACUUCCUGCCGGUCUUUGACUUGACUUUAUAACCAGUGGAAGCAUCACCCAACCCUUGGACAAACACAUUUUAUUUUUCUUAGACUGUCUCCAUUACUGAUUGGCUGUUCCUUUGGGGAGGCCAGCGUUGUGUCUCGAGGGGACCUGGUGUCGCCCUGCUGCUGUCUGUCUAAUAAUCUGUGAACUGAGAAGGAGGAAGACGCUGGUUACAAAGUCAGACUGAGCACCUUUGGUCGGUGUGUUUCAGUGUACGACACACACACUCAGACAGGUGUGACGGGGUGUGUCGGUGUAGGAAGAGGGCCGUUGUCUGAGAGGCUGCAGGUCUGCAGUCUGAACUGUGGAGUUAAGAGCCAUCGACAGGAAGCCAGUGUGGCCUGUUUUCACACUGCAUCAUGCCGUUUGUUCCUGCUGUCUGUGAUCCUUAAGCUCUGUGUAUUCACAGAAACAAAACUGACAUGUCAGCAUGUCUCAAAGUAAAUCUGUUGUCCAGAAGAAAAACUGUUUCUGCCUCAAUCGA